CCGCGCCGGCCGAGCGAGGCGGUGAUGCGGGCGCUGGCGGCCCGGGCUGCGCCGAGAGCGGAGACACAGGCUCAAGAUGGCAGAUGCCGACUGAGGCUGGGGGGGCCGAGACCGCGCGCCGCGUUCCCUUCUCCGUUGCCAUGAAUCGCGGACACCCCGGCCCCGAUGGCCCCCGUGUACGAAGGUAUGGCCUCACAUGUGCAAGUUUUCUCCCCUCACACCCUUCAAUCAAGUGCCUUCUGUAGUGUGAAGAAACUGAAAGUAGAGCCGAGUUCCAACUGGGACAUGACUGGGUACGGCUCGCACAGCAAAGUGUAUAGCCAGAGCAAGAACAUACCACCUUCUCAGCCAGCCACCACAACCGUCAGCACCUCCUUGCCAAUCCCAAACCCAAGCCUACCUUACGAGCAGACCAUCAUCUUCCCAGGAAGCACCGGGCACAUAGUCGUAACAUCAGCAAGUAGCACUUCUGUCACUGGGCAGGUCCUCGGCGGACCGCAUAACCUAAUGCGUCGAAGCACUGUGAGCCUUCUUGAUACCUACCAAAAAUGUGGACUCAAGCGUAAGAGUGAGGAGAUUGAGAACACAAGCAGCGUGCAGAUCAUUGAAGAGCAUCCCCCCAUGAUUCAGAAUAAUGCAAGUGGGGCCACUGUAGCCACUGCCACCACAUCGACUGCCACCUCCAAAAACAGUGGCUCCAACAGUGAAGGUGAUUAUCAGCUAGUCCAGCAUGAGGUGCUGUGCUCCAUGACCAACACUUAUGAAGUUUUAGAGUUCUUAGGCAGAGGGACGUUUGGGCAAGUGGUCAAGUGCUGGAAACGGGGCACCAAUGAAAUUGUGGCCAUCAAGAUCCUGAAGAACCACCCGUCAUACGCCCGACAAGGUCAGAUUGAGGUGAGCAUCCUGGCCCGCUUGAGCACUGAGAGUGCUGAUGACUACAACUUUGUCCGGGCCUAUGAGUGUUUCCAGCACAAGAAUCACACGUGCUUGGUCUUUGAGAUGUUGGAGCAGAACCUCUAUGACUUUCUGAAGCAGAAUAAGUUUAGCCCCUUGCCCCUCAAAUACAUACGCCCGGUCCUCCAGCAGGUAGCCACAGCCCUGAUGAAACUAAAAAGCCUAGGUCUUAUCCAUGCUGACCUCAAACCAGAAAACAUCAUGCUGGUAGAUCCAUCUAGACAACCAUACAGAGUAAAGGUCAUCGACUUUGGUUCAGCCAGUCACGUGUCCAAGGCUGUGUGUUCCACCUACUUGCAGUCCAGAUAUUACAGGGCCCCUGAGAUCAUCCUUGGUUUACCAUUUUGUGAGGCAAUUGAUAUGUGGUCCCUGGGCUGUGUCAUUGCAGAGCUGUUCCUGGGCUGGCCACUGUAUCCAGGAGCUUCAGAGUAUGAUCAGAUUCGGUAUAUUUCACAAACACAGGGUUUGCCAGCUGAAUAUUUAUUAAGCGCAGGGACAAAGACAACUAGGUUUUUCAACCGUGACACAGACUCGCCAUAUCCUUUGUGGAGGCUGAAGACACCAGAUGACCAUGAAGCAGAGACGGGCAUUAAGUCAAAAGAAGCAAGGAAGUACAUUUUCAACUGUUUAGAUGAUAUGGCCCAGGUGAACAUGACAACGGAUUUGGAAGGGAGUGACAUGUUGGUAGAGAAGGCAGACCGGCGGGAGUUCAUCGACCUGUUAAAGAAGAUGCUGACCAUAGAUGCUGAUAAGAGAAUCACUCCGAUCGAAACCCUGAACCACCCCUUUGUCACCAUGACACACUUACUCGAUUUUCCCCAUAGUACACACGUCAAAUCAUGUUUCCAGAACAUGGAGAUUUGCAAGCGACGAGUGAAUAUGUAUGACACGGUGAACCAGAGCAAAACCCCUUUCAUCACACAUGUGGCCCCCAGCACGUCCACCAACCUGACCAUGACCUUCAACAACCAGCUGAACACUGUCCACAACCAGGCUCCCACCUCCACCAGUGCCACUAUUUCCUUAGCCAAUCCCGAGGUCUCCAUACUAAACUACCACUCUGCACUCUACCAGCCCUCAGCGGCAUCCAUGGCUGCAGUGGCCCAGCGGAGCAUGCCCCUGCAGACGGGAGCAGCCCAGAUCUGUGCCCGGCCUGACCCCUUCCAGCAAGCUCUCAUCGUGUGUCCUCCUGGCUUCCAAGGACUACAGGCCUCUCCCUCUAAGCAUGCGGGCUAUUCCGUGCGAAUGGAAAAUGCAGUUCCCAUUGUCACUCAAGCCCCAGGAGCUCAGCCUCUUCAGAUCCAACCAGGUCUGCUUGCCCAGGCCUGGCCAAGUGGGACCCAGCAGAUCCUGCUUCCCCCGGCGUGGCAGCAGCUGACUGGAGUGGCCACACACACGUCGGUGCAGCACGCCACUGUCAUUCCCGAGACGAUGGCAGGCACCCAGCAGUUGGCCGACUGGAGGAACACACAUGCUCAUGGCAGCCAUUACAAUCCCAUCAUGCAACAGCCUGCAUUAUUGACUGGACAUGUGACCCUUCCAGCAGCCCAGCCCUUGAAUGUGGGCGUGGCCCACGUGAUGCGGCAGCAACCAACCAGCACCACCUCCUCCCGGAAGAGUAAGCAGCACCAGUCCUCUGCGAGAAACGUCUCCACCUGUGAGGUGUCCUCCUCACAGGCUGUCAGCUCCCCUCAGAGGUCCAAGCGCGUCAAGGAGAACACGCCUCCCCGCUGCGCCCUGGUGCACAGCAGCCCGGCCUGCAGCUCCUCCGUCACGUGCGGGUGGGGGGACGGGGCCUCCAGCACCACCAGGGAGCGGCAGCGGCAGACGAUUGUCAUUCCCGACACGCCCAGCCCCACGGUCAGCGUCAUCACCAUCAGCAGCGACACGGAUGAGGAGGAGGAACAGAAGCACGCCCCCACCAGCACAGUCUCCAAGCAGAGAAAAAACGUCAUCAGCUGUGUCACGGUCCACGACUCUCCCUACUCUGACUCGUCCAGCAACACCAGCCCCUACUCUGUGCAGCACCGUGCUGGGCACAACGCCAACACCUUUGAUACCAAGGGGAGCCUGGAGAGUCAUUGCACUGGGAACCCCCGAACUAUCAUCGUGCCACCCCUGAAAACCCAGGCCAGCGAAGUGUUGGUGGAGUGUGACAGCCUGGUGCCAGUCAAUACCAGUCACCACUCGUCCUACAAGUCCAAGUCCUCCAGCAAUGUGACCUCCACCAGCGGUCACUCUUCAGGGAGCUCGUCUGGAGCCAUUGCCUACCGGCAGCAGCGGCCAGGACCGCAUUUCCAGCAGCAGCAGCCUCUCAAUCUCAGCCAGGCUCAGCAGCACAUCACCGCAGACCGCGCCGGGAGCCACCGACGGCAGCAGGCCUACAUCACUCCCACGAUGGCUCAGGCUCCGUACUCCUUCCCGCACAACAGCCCCAGCCACGGCACUGUGCACCCCCACCUGGCUGCCGCCGCCCACCUCCCCGCCCAGCCCCACCUCUACACCUACACAGCGCCCGCAGCCCUGGGCUCCACUGGCACCGUGGCCCAUCUGGUGGCCUCCCAAGGCUCGGCACGUCACACCGUGCAGCACACUGCCUACCCGGCCAGCAUCGUCCACCAGGUCCCCGUGAGCAUGGGCCCCCGGGUCCUGCCCUCACCCACCAUCCACCCAAGUCAGUAUCCAGCCCAGUUUGCCCACCAGACCUACAUCAGCGCCUCUCCAGCCUCCACCGUCUACACUGGAUACCCACUGAGCCCUGCCAAGGUCAACCAGUACCCUUACAUAUAAGCACUGGAAAGGGAGGGGAGGGGAGGGGAGGAUGGCCAGAGGGGAGGAGGGAGAGGAGGAGGGACCGAGGUGGGAGCUGGGCUUUUUAUACUGAAGAUGCCGCACACAAACAAUGCAAACAGGGCAGGGAGGGGGGCAGGGGACGGGACGGGACACAAAUGAAACUUGAACUAGGAAGUGGGAGGACUGAGAGCAGAGAAGAGAACAUUUUAAAAAGGAAGGGAUUAAGAAGGGGGAAAUCUAUGCUUUUUAUUUUAAAAAAGAAAAAGAAAAAAAAGAAAACGUCAGUAACAAAAAACACAGCUCACGAACCCAUUCUGCACCAAACUGGAAAGGAGAAGAAGAGAGCAACGGAAGAUUCUGGAAGUGGGGGGGCCCAGUUUUUGAAGAACUUUAUCUAUGAACUUUUCAAAGAUUAUUUUCACAUGGCAGCAAGUGACAUUUAAGAAUUUGCUGUCAGGGACACCUGAUAUGGAAAUCCAAUAGAUUUUUAAUUAUUGAACAUAAGAAUUAGGGAUCUUUCCAGAACUCGAAAGGGUCAGCAGCCCUCUGGAAGGUCAGGCCGUGGCCUAGGAGGCUGAUAUUCGGGGGCUGGUCAGGGGUUGGCAAAGCCCAGUUCUGGCUCACUCGUCAGGACUGACGGGCGUGGGGGUGGGGGGUGUUGGCC